CUGAUUACUAUAUUUUCAGGAUGAAUAAAAAUAUUAGUAGAAAUCUUCUAUACUAUCCGGCAUGGCAGAAUGGUUGAUUGUCUCCUAUAAAUAGGAGCCCAGCUGCAUGCCACAUAGCCACUCGCUCAUCGGAAGCAAAUCAUCUUCCUAGUGCAUACAAGUUAGCUCAUCAUCAGCACUAGUACAGUACUACUAGACAGUUGUACGUACAAGUAGAAGUAGCUACCCAACCUUGGGAGAGAUGGAGAUUCCAGUGAUUGAUCUCAAGGGGCUCGCCGGCGGCGACGAAGAAAGGGAGCGCACCAUGGCCCAGCUCCACGAGGCCUGUAAGGACUGGGGCUUCUUCUGGGUGGAAAACCAUGGCGUGGAGGCGGCGUUAAUGGAGGAGGUGAAGAGCUUCGUGUACCGCCAUUACGACGAGCACCUGGAGAAGAAAUUCUACGCCUCCGACCUCGCCAAGAACCUCCACCUGAACAAGGACGACGGCGACGUCCUCGUCGACGGCGGCGACCUCGCCGACCAGGCCGACUGGGAGGCCACCUACUUCAUCCAGCACCGCCCCAAGAACACCGCCGCCGACUUCCCGGACAUCCCGCCGGCGGCGAGGGAGUCCCUGGACGCGUACAUCGCGCAGGCGGUGUCCCUCGCCGAGCUGCUCGCCGGCUGCAUCAGCACCAACCUGGGCCUCGCCGGCGCCGCCGGCGUCGUGGACGCCUUCGCGCCGCCGUUCGUCGGCACCAAGUUCGCCAUGUACCCACCGUGCCCGCGCCCGGACCUCGUCUGGGGCCUCCGCGCCCACACCGACGCCGGCGGCAUCAUCCUGCUCCUCCAGGACGACGCCGUCGGCGGGCUCGAGUUCCACCGCGGCGGCCGCGAGUGGGUCCCCGUCGGCCCGACCCGGCGCGGCCGGCUGUUCGUCAACAUCGGCGACCAGGUGGAGGUGCUCAGCGGCGGCGCCUACAAGAGCGUCGUGCACCGCGUCGCCGCCGGCGCCGAGGGCCGCCGCCUGUCCGUCGCCACGUUCUACAACCCCGGGCCCGACGCCGUGAUCGCGCCGGCGACGGCGGCGGCGCCGUACCCCGGGCCGUACAGGUACGGCGACUACCUGGACUACUACCAGGGCACCAAGUUCGGCGACAAGACCGCUAGGUUCCAGGCCGUCAAGAAGCUCUUCAGCUGAUUAAGCACUUGGGGAUUAUAUUUUGUUGUGAUGUGAUUAAAAUCGCGUGCGCUAAUCGGGGUUUGUAACUUUGUAUACUUGUUUGGUUUGAAUCAAUCGUCGUGUAGUACGCAGGGUUCCCCAAAUAACCGUGUUAGGUGGGAUUAACGUCACUUAUGGUUGGGUGGUUAUCACGGUAACUAUGUGGUUACCGUGAGAUAUAUCGUGGUUUCGAAAAGUAUAAUAAUCGUGUGAUAAUCAUAUGGUUUCUGUAAACAUGGUAGUACGUGGUUUUGUGAUGGUUCUGGGAUGAGAGUACAGUAGUAGACUAGUAGUAGCUAAUGUGUUGGUGUUGUAUACUUGUUUGGUUUGAAUCAAUUGUCGUGUAGGACUUA